AUGCUCCAUGACAAGCUCGAGGAACAAUUGCAUAGUCGCGCCGAGCAGGAUCGACUGAUCAAGCCAGCCCACCCCAAGCAGAUCGCGCACAUGGCCGACUUCGGAUCCAACGACAGUCUGUCCUUUUCCUCGUCCGGGGUGCUCCGAACCGCCUUUCUCCAGGAACUGGGACGGCAUCCCCAGUUCACCUUGGGCAGCCGGUCCACGCGCGUCUUCGAGGGGACCACCCAAUAUCUGGCCGAUCUGGAAGCGUACCUCGCGCGGUUUCACGGGGCCGAGUCGGCCCUCUUCUUCAACUCGGGCUUCGAUGCCAAUGUGGCGCUGUGGUCGACGGUUCCCCAGCCGGGCGAUGUCGUCCUCUACGACCAAUACGUGCAUGCCAGUAUCCACGAGGGGAUGCGACGGGGCCGCGCGGACACCCGGAUGUUCCCGCACAAUGACUGCGCCGGGCUGCGACAAUGCCUUCGGGAUCUGCGCGAGACGCAUCCCGGAAUAGCCGACGGAAGCCAAUCCGUCUUUAUCGCCCUCGAGACCGUGUACAGCAUGGACGCGGACAGUCCACCGAUUCACCGCAUGCUCCAGCUGGCCCAGGAGAUCCUUCCGCGCGGCAACACGGUAUUCAGUAUCGAUGAAGCGCAUUCCAAUGGACUUCUCGGUCCCAACGGGUCGGGGUAUGCAUCGGCCUUGGGCGUGCAGAACGAGUUCCCGCUCCGGCUGCAUACCUGCGGCAAGGCACUGGGGUCCAGCGGGGGGGUGAUUCUGGCCAGUCCGAUCAUCCGGUCCUAUAUUAUCAAUUAUGCGAAGAACGUGAUUUUCUCCACCGGACCGACCUUUCCGGUGCUUGCUGCCGUCAAAGCGGGGUAUGAUCUGCUGGCCAGCGAAGAGGGAGAGCAUCGCCGCGCCCGACUCCAGCACAACAUCGCCUACUUCCACGACCAGCUCGCCAAGAACCCGUACUGGUCAACGGUCCAACAGCACGGGAUCCUGAGGAUCCCCACCGAGGCCACCUGGGCCACGGAAUCCUUCCACGCCCCGAUCAUCCCGUUCGAUACGCGCGAGGGGGAGGCCAACCUCCUGGCGGAGCGGUUGCACCAGGCCCACUACUGGGUGAAUGCUGUACACUACCCCAUCGUCCCCAAGAGCCAGGAACGGGUCCGGCUGGUCCUGCAUGCGGAUAAUACGGAGGCGCAGAUGGACGAUAUCGUGCGGGUGAUUUUGGAGUGGGCGAUGGAGCAGAUUCGGGAGACUCGGCGUGCCGAGAACGGGUGGUCGCGGGUGGCGUGUUCGAUCUGA